AUGCAAAUUAUGCAACAAAUGCAGCAACAACAGCAAGAGUACGGCGAGAGGAAUGAAAGGAGAAUCGCUAUCCUAACUAAAGACACGGGUAACCUCAGUGUUCGCAUGGAUAAUUUCCAUGAGAUCAUUCGCCAUGUCAGUGUACCCGGAUACGAAGGACUUGGAAGAUCCCGUGGCCGAGCACGUGGACGAGGACAAAAGUAUAGCCCCCGCUGUCCUCUCUUUCUUUUCUCACCUUAUUACAAAACAUUGAGGGUAAUGUCCGAUUUAAGUGUGGAGGAGGAAACUUUAUCAUUUUUUAAUCUUUAUUCCAACUCUAAUGAUGAUGAUGAUAUUAUUUGGAAGUCUAUUAAUGAUGAUGAUGUCCACAUGUCUGGUGGUGAUGCUCACAUGGCUGGUGAUGAUGUACACAUUCCUGGUGAUAAUGUACAUAUGGCUGAGGAGGAAGAGAAUGAUGAUGAUGUUCAAAAAGAUGAUGACAAUGCUGAUGUUACUCAAGAUGUCAAUGACAAUACUAAGGCUGGACCUGAAGCUGCUGCAGGUACAAAUGUUGUUAAUCUUGAUGAUAUGUUUGAUAGUGAUCUAGUUGCUAAUGGGAACCCUAGCAUAGUUAAACGUCUCAUGACAAGGAAGGGAAUAAGGAUAUUGAUCAAAGUCCUCCCAAGAGGAAGGCUAUUCUUAAAAGCACCUCUACUGGCCCUACCAAGAGGGGAGCAAUUCCUAAAAGUACUUCUACAGUCUUGGAGCAAGGUUGUCCCCAAGAAAAAGAAGCCUAAAGUCAUUACUAACUAUGAAUCAGAUGUUGCUGUUGAUGUCCAAGACAUUCCCCUAAGGAAGAAGCCAACAACUAGCAAGCUUGUUGCUAGUGUGCCUGAGAAGAGGUUGGCCUUGGAAAGGGAGUUGGCUCAUAAUGCUCUUGAGUGUAAGGAAAUCAUGGACCUGAUACAUGAAGCUGGGUUUAUGAAGAUUGUUACCCAUUUCUCUAAGUGUUAUGAAAUGCUGGUGAAGGAGUUCAUUGUGAAUCUAUCAGAAGUCUGUGCUGAUAGAAAGUCAAAGGAUUUUAGGAAAGUUUAUGUGAGAGGGAAGUGUGUCACCUUCUCCUCAACUAUUAUAAAAAAUUAUCUGGGAAGGUAUGAUGAAGCUCAACCCGAGAUGGAGGUAUUUGACAACAAGGUGUGUCAAGUGAUCACUGCAAAACAGGUUAAAAGCUGGCUCCUGAAGGGAAAACUAUCUGCAAGCAAGCUCAGCAUAAAGUAUGAUAUGCUGCACAAGAUUGGAGCUGUAAAAUGGGUGCCCACAAACCAAAAAUCAACUAAUGGUAUUGUCCUGGGAAAAUUUAUAUAUGCUGUUGGAACCAAGACAAAAUUUGACUAUGGCUCCUACAUCUUUGAUCAAACCAUGAAGCAUGCAGGAAGUUUCAGUGUGAAAGGCCCUAUUGCCUUCCCAUCUCUUAUUUGUGGUAUCAUAUUGAACCAGUAUCCUAGUAUUUUAAGUGAAAAUGACUCUAUUUGCAAGAGAGAAAGUACCCUGUCUUUUCACUACGAGCUGUUUCAAGGAACUCAUGUUCCCGACAUUGUCAUGACUUCUGCUGAGACAUCCAAGGGAAGCCCAAAUGCAAGCAAAGCUGAAGUAAUUGCAAUGCUUAAAGAAACAUGUCAGGAAUUGGAAACAAGGAAGCUGACCCUUGAGAAGCUAAUCAGCUCUUUGGAAAUGGAUGAGGAUGCUGAAGAACAGGCUGAAGAAGAUGAACAAGAUGGGGUUGGUGAUGAAAGGGAGGCUGGAUCAGAUACCAACCCAGAUGAGGGCACUGAUGAAGAAGCUGAUGGUGAUGGCUCCAGUGGCUCUGAGUCUGAUGACUAG